GCCAGUCGGUACAGAUCAAACCCUCGACCUUGAUUAUUACAGUUAUCAGUUACGAUAACUGGAUCGUUGUUCUAAUCUAAGACGCUACUGCAACCGAUAAAUUCGAGCCGCACACAAAAUUGUAUCCAGUCUAAGCAGACUACCCGCGUUAGAGCAACUAGCCAGUUUAAUUUUACUCGUGACCACAGACGUUUGUCUUCAGUGAACCCCUAAGACUUGUGCAUACUUCGGUAGCCUUCUUGACGGUUGUUCGUGUUGUUGUUUUCUGGUGAAGUGUUCGUAAUUAUUUGGCAAACUGUUGCCGCAACUAAAUCAGCUUUCGAAUCGUUGACAAAUGGCUGAUCCUGGCGAAGCUACACAGUUUUUGUGUCAAUUCUCGGUCGACACGGGAAAAUCGAACGCCAGCAAGGAAAUCGAAAUCCAGUUCCUCAAAUUUCCACAGAACCCCAUCGAGCAGGGUCUGAUGAAAGAACUUAACCUCUGCGCCCACGAUCACAGCUUCGUACCUCCAUGGUAGCUGCCCAAUAAUCGUGACCGUGAUUUGAGUGAAUUUAGUAAAAAAUUUUCGCGAAAACUCGUGGAAAUUUCGACACCGAGAAUGGGAUAAGAUUGCCCACCGCCUUCAGACUCAAGGACCUAAAAAUCCUUGUCCGGAAAAGACUUUUUAAAGACAAUUAGUAGUUUAAGUUUGUAGUUUAAGUGUUUUUAAUUUGCCACAAUGCCUGUACUAACGUUACAGCGAUCGUACAAGUACAUCAUGUACGCGACCAAGCAACCCUCUCUGAGGAUCAACCAGGAUGACCUCAAAUGCAAGAACGGUUGCGGGUACUUCGGAAACGCCGAUUGGGGAGGUUACUGUUCGAAAUGUUAUCGAAAUCAUAUGGAACAGGAAAGACAAAGAAAGUCGCGUUCCCAGCCCGAGCCGUCCAAGUCCCAGAUGACGGGCUUCGGUAAAUUCGAGGAGAAAAAACGACAGCAGACCGACAAGAAGAACAAAUAUUUGCCCGUGUUCCGCAAGACAUCGAACGUCAAAGAUUCCGAAAGAAGCUUCGACCUCCGACAGGCGAAUCCCGACGCCGACCGUCUGAAAGCCGAGUUCCUCGCGCACUUCGGCAAGUACGGCGAACAUGUCCGUGCCGAUUUCUUCAAGUGCGCCCAAACGUUCAUCGCCAAAAUGAUGGCCGAAAUCAACGUGAGACCCAUCGACGAACUGGCCGAGAUAGCACAGAAAUACUACAACGUUUACAGCAUCAGGGUGAACAGCCACGAACAAUACCACAACGUGCCCACCGAGGCGCGAGAUGAACUGUUGGACUUCUUCGAGAAAAACUGCAUGAUAUCACUCUACACAUGGUUCUUCUGUCCCACGUCCACCAACGACGAGGACAAGGACCUGAUCAUCCAAGACCGCAUCAGGAAGCUGUCGUGGGUGAACGCCCAUCAUUUGGACUGUUGCAUUAGCGAAACAAGCCUGGAGGUUCGCGAGCUGGUCUACACGGCCAUCAACGACUUGCUCGGCAUGGACUCCAUGAAGGCGCCGCAGGAGAAGCUGGCCUGCGUCGUCAAGUGUUGCAGGUCGGUGGUCGAAGUCUUACAGCAUUGCCAGGGCGGUCCGGUCAGUGCUGACGAGUUUUUGCCGGCGUUAAUUUUCGUCGUGCUGAAGGCCAAUCCGGCCAGGUUGAAGAGCAACAUUCUGUACGUCACCAGGUUUUGCAACGACUCGCGUCUGAUGCAAGGGGAGGCCGGCUACUACUUCACCAACUUGUGUUGUGCCGUGUCCUUCAUCGAAAAUUUGACGGCGGUGUCCUUAAAUAUGCCGGAGCAGGAGUUCCAGGCAUACAUGUCUGGUGAAGUUACGUCGGUCAGUGCUUGGGAAUCAGCUUUGGUAGCUUGCGAGGGCAUGCACCAGCUUUGCGAACAUCUGGCUCUUUUGGGUGGGCUCUCAGAGAGAACAGCGACUGUUCGCAGAGAUGCCGCACAAUUGAGGGAAGAUAUGGUCCAAUUAAAGGAAGAAAUAAACGGAAAAGUAAAUGCCAUCUUAGAACGAACACCAUUGAUAAUAAAACCCAGAAAAACCCCCAUACCCUUUGAUCCAAAAUCAAUUCAACGAAAACAAAAUAGUCAAAUUCGCAGCGAAACUGAGGCAACUCCACAAAAUUUUUACCUACAAAACCUACAGCUGGGAACCACCUUAGACAAUCCCAAGACCAAGCUCCAAUUGGACAUCACGCCUUGCAUUGACGUGUCCGACCAACAGUCGAAAAUACCCACGUCAACAUCAAGGGAAUACCUGUCACCAUCCGUCGACAACCUGAGCUUGGACGUCACGCCCGACGAUAACAGCUAUUUGGGCCUGUCAAAAAUAAAUUACGACAUAGAUUUCUCCGAUUUGAGUGCCGACAACAGCAUCGCCGAGGAAUUGACGCCGGAGAAGCGUACCAACUACACACCAGACCCUUUCAGUCCCUUGGGUACGGGUUGUAACAUAGCUCAAAGUCCAUUAAUUCCAACCGCAGCUAACGACGUCCGCACCAAACCCAAGGACGACUUUGUUUUGCCAUUUUUGGAUGAAAGUAAAAAGGUGGAUGACAAAAAUGGUGAAACUCUGUUGGAUAAGAAGACGGAAACCCCAUCAACGAAUUUGCCCAGCCCAAUAAAACCGACUACUUCUCAGUAUACCGGGUUUUCCACGCAAGGCUGGCAGAUUCCGAGUAUACCGUGUGACACGGGAGAAAGUUCAAAAUUGUCGAGAAACAAAUCUGAAGCCAAAUAAAUUGUUUAAUUAAUGUUGUGUAUAAUGGUUGUUGAUUAUUUUAUAUUUUUUAAAUGUUUCUGUUUGUUCCAGAUUGUUAGAAAUAUAUUAUCUUGUCGUGAAAAUUAUUAAACAUCAACUUAGUUGUGGCAAAUAAAAUAUUAAACUAAAA